AUGAAGGCACCCUUACUUGCUUUGCUCUUGAUGUAUACCACUGUUGCCGUGCAAGCGGCUUUGCCGCUUCCCAAACCCAAGGGACCAAUGCCUGAUACUGCUGAACUUGCAGAAUCCGCUCUGGCCCCAUUUAUGGCCUUUGAUGGUGGGCAUCUCUAUACUGCCGAUGGGCACCACGGCAUUCCAUCUGUAUGUGGGGCAGAGGCCUCUGCGACGUCUCGCCUUAUGCUUCCUGUCGCACUCAAUGACCUUGAUCGACUUUAUGGAACGCUGUUUGUGCAGCCUUUGAAUCAAUCCUCCGCCGCAUCCCAGGCGCAACUGGACAUGGUGGAAGGGUGCUUUCUCCGUCCUGACGGGGACGAUGUGCCAUGCGUGGCGUGGUUGCAUUCUACACCAGAACAGUGUCGCAUGAAUAUAAAAGAUUCUACAACCUAUUGGGCCUAUCGUGAGCGUUCCCCGUUGUUUUCGCCCUCUGAAAAGGUCUUUGGAGGAGGGGCCGACUUAUUUGUGAACCAUGUGCUCUGGGUUCGUGGGUUGCGUGAGCGGCUCCGUCGUUCCAUCAGGCGAACGCAAGAAUCCGCAAGGGCCGGGAAAAAUCUAUGGCGCAUUGUGUCGUUGGGAUGGGACAAGAAUGCCCUUCCAGAGGACCGACAAGCCUUUCGCGAGGCUGUAAGCGCGCGGGGAACGAAAAUUCUUACCGAGGCGUACUCCGAUGUGAUGGAUAAAUGGGAUCUUGUAAAGACGUGGAUAAAACCCUCGGUGGGCGAAGUUGAAGGGGGGACGGAUAUCUUUGCGACGCAAAUUGGCGGGUCGCUGCUGCUUCCUCAAGCAGAUUGCAACCCUUCCAUCUUUCUGGAUGACUGGUUAAACUACUUUGAUCAGUUCUUCUUUGGGUAUCACAUCGCUACUGGAGUUGAACAGGAGGUUGAUUCACUUUUCAAAGGCUUCAAGGUGUUUUACAAUAACACGGUGAAGGACGUCAAUCGUCUGGGUCGUCUGCCGUGUGUCGCAACCUCCUUCGCCGUGGCAAUGAUGCUUUUUGAGGAUUUUCCAGUUCGCCUGGCGUAUUGGAACAUGGUAAAUGAAACAGGAUCCAGUCACACACUCUGGCCACUCGAACGCUUCGCGAUGUUGGGUGAUUCGAAUGAAACGGUCAUGAGAAAUCGCGAUUACCUGCUAAAUUUCUUUGAAGCGGCUCUGAGAUGUUUAUCAAGAACACCUCAUGUGGAAAAUAUAUUUGACGGCGACGUGCAUUUGGCGAAGUGUGUCACGCAAGCUAUACUGCGCGCCCCAGGCUCAGACGGCAGUCCAGCCCCGAGUUCCUUGUAUGAGUGCUUUACAUUGCUGUCCAAUUCAUCGCAGCACACAUCUCGCAAUAGUUCUGUUCAGAACGCGACAGUCGCUGUGGUUGGGCUGAGGAAAGAUUUGGACUUGGCGGUGCCGCCCUGUGCGUGGGGAUUUACCCGGCCAAGCGGCAAUAAAUGGAAUGCCCAGGAGCCGUGUGUUAUGUGUCCACCCGGAUCCUUCGAUGAUGCAAGCGGUGGCUGUCGUUGCAGCACCGGGUCCGUCCCCGGCGAAAGCGGCUGCGAGGCGCGAGAAGACAAGGCCGCGGUCGCACCCACGUGGAGGUGGGCGGUAGACCCGUCGGAGGUCCAUGUCGCCAAUGACGGCGGAGAGGAUCGGAAACCCUUUCUCGUCGUGAGCCCUGCAAACAACUCCACGGAGGGCGACAAGGUGGUCGUGGAAAUUCAGUGCGCCAAGGGGCUAACACGCUUUGAGACGAAAAUGUUGAUGCCCAACAACAGCACCUCCUGCUCGGAGCAGCGGGCGCGUCUCCCCUUGCAAAAGUCUAUGGCUGUUGUAUCAGCCUCAACAAUUUCGUUAACUCUGGGAGAGUCAGCAGCUUUUGGCGGGGAGCAGUGUAAUUUUCAUGUGCGGACGAAGUCUUUAAGGGCCCGAGGCUCUCCAGCGGUUCUUGCCGGAGGCGUUCUUAUUUUGCCGCCCGUUUCACCACUUGAGGUUCAUGCCUACACACCCACGACUCCUGUUACUUCAUCCUCCUCCCCGGCAUCGAAGACGAGCCUCCCCUCGUGUGAUGUGGUGCCCAAGAGUGAGACAGGGGCUGCGACCCUGUCUGUCUGCUCCACAUCCACCGGGAAGUUCGCACUUUUGCUCGACGCACAGGCAUACUCGCCGCUCACUGUCAAUGCCUUCGGUAUUUUAAAAGAAACGCUUUGGGCGGACAGAACUCACGCCACCGCUCUCGGUCGUGGGAUGCGGCCCAUGUGGGACCGAAUGCAUCUUGCUGUGCGUAUAAAGGUUAAGCAAAGGCAUGGACUACGUUCUGUGAAAGAAAUUUUCGGUGGAUAUUUUCCUCUAGCUGGAAAGAUACAUCAACGAAUCCUGCUCCCAGAAACAGCCGGGCGUGUGAUUGCGGUACUUCAGAUCGUAGACCGUUGCACGGCCCCCGCCUAUGUGCACGAUGCCGUUUGUGUGAAUGCAAGGCUUAUCUUUGCUUCAGGCGCGAUAAACAGAGUGGCAUUCGGGUUACCGAUCAACAGUACCGCCACAAAACCAGAGGAUUCUGGGAAGGCGGCGGGGGGAAAGACCACGCUGUCCCCGGGUUCUUGGUGGCGGCUGCCGCUCAUCGUGAUGGGCGCCGUUGUUGCCGCACUGCUCCUAAUCGUAGGAACACUCUUUUUGGUCUACAGACUUCGUGCCCGUCACAGAACUCGACGUGAUGAAGCGGAGAUGCAUGAAACUUUUCCCGAGGACGAGCCCCCUGGAACAGAAGGAACGGAACAGGAGGAGGAGGAGAAGAGGUCGUGGUCGUCGUUGCCACAGCUGUUGGCGGUCUCUAUAAAUUGCCCAAGCGCAGAAGUGGCGUCGUCUCAUUAA